CCGAACUUUUCGAUGUGACGUCAUUGACAGACAUGAAAUACGGAAAUUAGAAAUGGCUGCGAUGGGUAGUGGACGGGGGACGAUGGAAUCCCAAAAUCAAGUGCAAAGUGAUAAUGUAGACCGUUUAAAAUUGCUUUAUCCUAAUGUGAACGAAGAUGAAACACCCUUACCGAGGUCAUGGAGUACAAAGGACAAAUUCAGCUACAUCGGGUUAUCGCAAAAUAAUCUCAGAGUGCACUACAAAGGUGGGACGCAGGGUCCGGGCCGAAGACCCCACCUGCCCUACCUCCACUUACGCCUCUGGAUGUAUCGUCAUGGAAAAACACACAAGGACGCGGCGAGCGUCCGCGCCACACACCCGAUACCGGCGGCCUGUGGUCUCUACUACUUCGAAGUGCGGAUCGUGUCCAAAGGUCGUGACGGGUACAUGGGCAUCGGUCUGUCAGCGCACGGAGUCAACAUGAACCGAUUGCCUGGUUGGGACAAACACUCGUACGGGUACCACGGCGACGACGGGCACUCGUUCUGUUCGUCGGGUACGGGUCAACCCUACGGCCCCACCUUCACCACCGGUGACGUCAUCGGCUGUGGCGUCAACUUGGUCGACAAUACGUGUUUCUACACUAAGAACGGCCACCAUCUAGGAAUAGCAUUCAGAGGACUGCCACCCAAUCUAUAUCCAACAGUUGGUCUCCAAACACCCGGCGAGGUGGUGGACGCCAAUUUUGGUCAACAACCAUUCGUGUUCGACAUAGAGGACAUGCUGAGGGAAUUACGAGCGAGAACACGUCUCGCUAUUGACGAAUUCCCUCUACCGGACGAGCAGGGCCAGUGGCAACAGGUUUUACACAGAAUGGUAUCGUCGUAUCUCGUACACCACGGCUACUGCAGCACGGCGCAGGCGUUUUCCCGCUCCACCGGUCAGCCUAUCGACGAGGACAUAGCAUCCAUUAAAAAUAGACAAAGGAUAUCAAAGCUAGUGCUGUCCGGCCGGAUCGGAGAGGCGAUAGAGGUGGCGCGCCGGCUGUACCCCGGCCUGCUCGAGCGCGACCACGAGCUGCUGCUGCUGCUCAAGUGCAGGCAGUUCGUCGAGAUGGUCAACGGCUCCGACUCGGAGUCGCUGUGCGAGGACGGCGGCGAAGGCGAGUGCGUGGACGGCGGCGUGGGGGGCGCCGACGGCAGCAACGGCGUGGCCACCUCCGUCAUCUCGCACACGGGCCGCGCGCCGCCGCUCGCCGCCAACGGCGACCACGCGCCGCACACCAACGGUGUGUCGGAGGCGGAGGCGGAGGCGGAGGCGGAGCUGCGCCUCGGCUGCGACGUGGACAUGCCGGCCGCCGCCAACGGCGCUCACGACGGUGGGGAGCUGCCGCUGGUGAAGGGCAUGCCCGGCGUGACGGCGAGCGUGUCGGCGCUGCUGCGCCGCGCGGAGGGCGAGGGCGGCUCGCGCGCGUCGGUGGAGCGCAUGCUGGCGUUCGGCCGCGACCUGUACGCCAUGAGCCAGGACCUCAAGCCCGACCACUACCUCAAGGCCAUGCUCGAGGACGCGUUCAGCCUGCUGGCGUACAGCAACCCCUGGGACAGCCCCAACGGCUGGCAGCUGGAGGCCGUGUGGCGCGAGCCCGUCUGCGAGGCCUUCAACGCCGCCAUCCUGGAGUGGGCGGGGCUGGCCAGCGUGUCGCCGGUGGAGGCGUGCGUGGCGCAGUCGGGCGAGCUGCUGCGGCGCAUGGCGCGCGCGGCGCUGGGCGCGUGCGCCUUCGCCGACCUGCCGGCGCUGCUGCGGCGCUGACCCCGCCGCCCCGGGACGCCGCCGCCGGCCGCG